CGCCGGCAGGGGCGGCGCUGCCGGGGCCCGAGCCCGAGCAGCGCGGGGGAGCGGAGCGGAGCGGCCGGCAGCGGGAUGUUGUGCGGGGGCUGCUCGGCGGCCCAGCCCGCCACGGGCGAGACGCAGCAGAUGGCGGACGAGGUAAAAAGUCAGCUAGAAGAAAAAGAAGGGAAAACCUUUGAUGUCUUUACUGCAGUGGAGUAUAAAACUCAGCUGGUUGCUGGAAUAAACUACUUCAUCAAGGUCCACGUUGGCAAUGAUGAGUUCAUUCACCUGCGGGUGUUCAAAAGCCUUCCUCAUGAGAACAAGCCACUGAGUCUCCACAGUUACCAGAGCAGCAAGGCUAAGCAUGAUGAACUGGCUUAUUUCUAGCAAGCUGAUCCUGUGCAUUUUCCUACUUGUUUCUUAUGUGCUUUUUCUAUAGGCUGCAAAACUUUGAUUUCCGUGCCAACAAAGGAGAAAAGAAAGUGUCUUUUCUUUUAAACAUAAUGUUGGAAAAAAUCAGUUUAUGCCAUUCCCUUCCUGUGCAAUAUCUGAAUUUGAGAGUUGCACGGCUCUUCUGUCACCUAUACUAAUGCAAACCCAAGCAGCUGCACUGGCUUCAGUGCAGCUUAACUGGAAUGCUGUGGCUGAGUCCUGUUCGUGGACUUCCUUGGUCUGGAAGUGGAAAGGGGAGUGACACUCAUGUAGUUUACAGCAAACAGCAAGAGGAAAACCAGAAUCUUUUCUAUGCUGUUUUGCAGCUGUGAAUAUAUCUGUAGAUCUAAAUUGUAAGAUGUAUUUUGUUGGCAAAGACCUGAAGAGAGAUUUGACUUGAAGCAAUUUUGAAAGCAAGAGAAAAGAGGAUUAUAGCAUUCCCCUUGGUAAUGGUGUUGCAUUGUCUUGCAGCAGUACUUUAUAAUGUCCAGUAGAGGGUGUAUCACAGAAUCAGAAUCACAGAAUCCUGGGGGUUGGAAGGGACCUCGAAAGAUCAUCUAGUCCAAUCCCCCUGCCAGAGAAAAAACCCCAACUUACUUAUUUUCUCAGUCCUAAGGAAAAGUCCUGGAAAGGAACUUAAUCUGGACAAGCAUUUCUGCAUUAAUAACAAUAAAUAUUUCUUUUAAAUUGA